CACACGUUGGAUGAUGAGGGGACUUUAAUCAUGCUUCCAGAUAGAACAGGUGCCCUAUCAGUAGAAAGCACUGGAGACGAAGUAGGUAUAUAGAUUCAGGGGAGGUGAGGAGUUCAUUUAGCUCUUGCACUGGAAGACUGUGGAUGGAAACUGGUUUACCAAGCUGAAACACAAGAAUGCAUUCGACCAUGAUCCUUCUGGGUGUCUUGUUUGGCUUGUUGACCCAGGUGUACACUCUACCUGUUAAGAAUUCUACUGGAGUGCAUGAGGGAAAAGUGAGAUUAAGAAGGACAUACUCAGAUGAAAUUACAGACCGGGAUGAAAUGAAUGCAAUGGAUCAAAUCCUAGAAAUCAAUAGCAGGUUGCGAGCUCCCCGAGGACUGUCAAUCAGAGAUGGAGAUAUUGCAGCGCCAUACAUACGGAGUGCAAUAACCUGCCCUGGCAAUACCUGUCUGUGGCCUAAAUCAGUUGAUGGAUUUGUUUAUGUUCCAUUCAUGAUCUCUCCACUAUAUGAUGACAUGGACAGAAUCACCAUAGAAACUGGGAUGCAAGACAUUGCCGCUGGAACAUGUAUUAAAUUUGUUCCACGCACUCAUGAAGGCAGCUUUCUUGAUAUUCAGCCAAGAUAUGGCUGCUGGUCGUUCCUGGGACAGACUGGAGGAAGCCAGACCCUGUCCCUGCAGACGCCUGGGUGCAUGUGGUCAGGAGUGGCUGCCCACGAGUUCAUGCACGCCCUGGGCUUUGUACAUGAGCAGUCUCGCUCAGACCGAGACCAGUAUGUCUCAAUUGUAUGGAAAAACAUAAUGCCAGCUCAAAUUCAUAACUUCAGGAAACAGGUGACAAACAAUCUGAAUAGUCCAUAUGACUACAACUCUGUCAUGCAUUAUGGAAGAUAUGCCUUCUCUGAAGAUGGUGGACCAACAAUAAUCCCCAGACCAGAUCCUUACAUUCCAAUAGGCCAGCGAGAUGGACCCAGUAAUCUAGAUCUUCAUAAAAUAAACAUCCUAUAUAACUGUGGUGUCAAUGAGUGACUGGAUCCAGAGUGUUAUUAUUCAGGUAUAUUCUGUUGUUGUUGUUCUGUGUAAAGUGGUUAAUUGUAACUUGUGGUCUUUAGUAGAUUAAAUGGGCAAAAUUACUUUAAAGCAAUUUCAUCAUUCUGUUAGCUUCAGUUAUUAUCACAGAUUCCAGUCUGUACAUUUAGAUUGUGUUUAGUUAGUUCUGGAUACAAUUUACUAAUCUGGCGUACAUGUAAAGUGAAAUAAAGUGGAAAGUAAAAAGAAGUAUUUUCUCUAAAAUAGCUGAAAUUAGUGUAGAGUGUUAAAUGCCUGCUGCUACCAAUUAGAUCACUGUAUCCCUUCUCUGAAUUAGUUUGUCUAAUUUUCUGCCUUCUUCUCCAUGGCACUGAUGGAAGUCAGUCAGGGACUUACAUUUCACAUUUAUUGCUACUAUAGACAGUGAUGUGUGCAAAUUUAAUAGGCAUUAAAAGGCACUUUAUAUAGUUUACAACCAUAACGUCUAUGGUGACAAUAUGUUUAAUAUAAUUUCAGUUCUGCGUUCCUUGUGGAGGUCAUGGCUCUGAAUACUUCCUUCACUUCUACACACAACAUAAACUGUUAGUAGACCUACCAGUCUUUACCUUAGACAUGCUGUCUUCAAAAAACAAUAAAGUAUUUACUGUCAUCUAUAUUAUGUAAAAUUGCACUUAAUAUUUGCAAAUGCUUCCGUGCUACAUUUAAUCUUUCAGACAUAAUGUGACACAGAUAUACUGACAAAAAAUAUUUACACGUAUACACAGGUAUACAUUACAACACAUUGAAUAACCAACCAUGUCAAAGAUCUGAUACAAAAGUUCCUCUUCCUCAGUCCAUGUUCUGGUUCUGUGAGGUGUGGAGAGAAAAAAAAACAUUAACACCACAACACAAACAUUGCACAUGUUUUUGUAUUUUUUAAUAUCUGCUGUACCAAUAGAGGGGUAUGCUUGUUAAAGAUAGAGAAACAUACAGUGGUCACAUGCCCUGAUUGAUCGACCGCCGAUCAUUAUGAGUUGGUAUUUACUAAAAACAUGCGAUAGGGUGGUCUGCUCUGCAUUAAAGGGUGACCACUGUUUUUAUCCAACCUGGACGCCAUUUCCCCAUGCAUUUGUGUCUAAUAGACUGAUGUUACCAAAAAUCUUUGAAUUUGGUCCAGUAUUGAGCAAGUUUGCAAUGACUGGCCAGCGGAAA